AUCAGGUGACCGCUGGCGGCGCGGUCACGUGCUGGGGUGCGCCCGCGGCUGGUGGCCAUGGCGGCCGCAGGCUCCAGUGUGGCCAGGCGAGUGGAGGAGCUGGGAGACCUCGCGCAGGCCCACAUCCAGCAACUCAGUGAGGCCGCCGGCGAGGACGAUCACUUUUUAAUUCGGGCCUCUGCAGCUCUAGAAAAAUUGAAACUCUUGUGUGGAGAAGAAAAAAAGUGUUCAAAUCCAUCGAAUCUACUAGAACUUUACACACAGGCUAUUCUGGACAUGACAUAUUUUGAGGAGAACAAGCUAGUAGAUGAAGAUUUCCCUGAAGACUCUUCCCAGAAAGUAAAAGAGUUGAUCACUUUUCUUUCAGAACCAGAAAUUUUAGUUAAAGAAAAUAAUAUGUACCCAAAACACUGCGAUUUACUUGGGGACGAACUCUUGGAAUGUCUCUCUUGGCGACGAGGAGCCCUACUUUAUAUGUAUUGUCAUUCUCUGACCAAAAGGAGAGAGUGGCUCACGAGGAAAUCUGGUUUGCUUAAAGAGUACCUUGUUGAUGGAAUCAGUUACUUGCUACAGAUGCUAAAUUAUCGGUGUCCUACCCAAUUAGAUGAAGGAGUUUCUUUCCAAGACCUAGACACAGCUAAGUUACUGAGUGAAGGAAUAUUCAGUGACAUUCACUUGCUGGCUAUGAUGUACAGUGGAGAAAUGUGUUACUGGGGAUUGAAGCAUUGUGCCGAUCAGCAGCCAGAAAACCAGGGCAUGGACGCAGGUGUUUCUGGAGCAAGCUGCACUACACACACAGAGCCCUUGGAUUUCCGAGAAGUAGGAGAGAGAAUUUUGAAAAAGUAUGUAUCUGUGUGCGAAGGACCCCUGAAAGAACAAGAAUGGAACACAACAAAUGCAAAACAAAUUUUAAACUUUUUUCAGCAUCGCUCUAACUCGUAAGUUUAGUCCUUUUCAAACAGAAAAGCAGAAAGACCCAUGAAAUGGAAACAUUCCAGAAAAGAAGACAUAUUGACACUAAGAAUGUCACACUACAUAAAGAUGCCCAUCGUGGUUCCCUUCUAAAAAUGCCAUCACCGUAGUUCAUUAUAUAUUCUUAACUCUGUGAAGGAACAGUUCUCUCAUUUCUAAAACGGCAUGUAUGUUAUUAUAACUCAGCCUGAACUACAGAUAUCCUGUAACUAAUAUUAAGGAAGAAUCCAAUUUAGCUGUACAAAGAUUUUUUUCUGUUACUUCAGAUUAUUAUUAUUACUUUAGAGCGAGGAAGAGAGAGAGAGAGGGAGAGAGAGAAAAAAGUUGAUGUGAGAGAAAAUCUAUUGGUUGCCCCUGACGGGAGAGCAAGCCUGAACCUGGGUUUGUGCCCUGACCAGGAAUUGAACCCUCCACCUUUAGGUGUACAGGAUGACGCGCCAACCAACUGAGCUUCAGAUUAUUUUUUUUUUAUUGUGGUAAAUUGUAACAUAAAAUUGACCAUUUUAACUAUUUUUAGUUCUGUUUAUCUUGAAAUUUGCUGUGCUUCAAAAGUUAAAGUCAAGUCACCUCAUUGUUUGGAUAUAUGCUACGCAUGUAGAAAUUGGCAAAAUUAUGAUGAAUAUUCAGAUUCCUUUGCCAGAAUAAGAUAAAUAAUGAAAGACUUCACAAAAGAACUGUUAUUUAAUUAUUUUGCCAUGUACUACAAAUAGCAUUUAACUCUUUUAUCCAUCCUAUUAGGCAUUUUAUAAAAAGUUAAGAUGAUUUUCUUAUCUUGGUAAAAGAAUAUGCAUGGUUUAUCAAAUGAGUAAUAAGGAUAAAAACCAAGUUAGGUUGCUGUUAGCUCAUAUGUCUGCAAGGCACAUCUUUUCCUAAGUAUUGACAUUUUUAUAUGUUUUUGUCUUUAAUAGUAGAGUGAGUGAUCAAGGCAGAGAGCCUAACUGCUGUCUUGCAUACAGUCUGUCUACCUCUACGCCUGGACUUCGUCACAUUCCCCACCCUACUCCAUGGCCACACCUGGAGGUCACCAUCCUGAGUUUCUCUUUCUGAAAUCUUAAAUUUUAGUGAUUGAUGAUCAUUCUCAUCUGCCUAGCUUUUCUGCCUCUUCAUGUUUAUUCAUUCUUUUCUCCUUUACUUACUUCACAGCCUCCUCCUCUUGACUGCCGCCUCUUCUCCUAAACUAUCCUAUCAGCCCCUUUCAGAUGUUCCCCCUUCCUUAUCCAGCCUCCGCCUUGGGGGAACCGACCCUGCGAAUCCGUCUUCCCCUGGGCCUUUACCCUCAUCAUUCUGUGAGCCCUCAACAUUGAAUCAGUUCUGUCGUUCACCUUUUCUGGAUGCUGCGUUCCAUGCAAAGUACACGCAGCCCUUCAAACUGGAACUACUUUAAGUGUCUCAGCCUCAGCUUCAGAGGAGCCCUCAGUGUGAGCCUGUGCCUGUGACCAGUGUGGCCCCUCUCCCUGUCCCACUGAGGCUGGUCCAGACCACGUUUCCUCUGCCCCCUCCCCUCCCACAUGGUUAGGUCCCGUCUUACAGGAAACCGAGACUGUGAGGUCCGUUUCUAUUGACCAGCUUUGCCCGACUCAUUUAGAGGAAGAGGAGCCUUCUCCCUCUUGAAGACCAAUCUCCACCUGUCCUGUCUGCCGUCUUCCUCGUUUCCCCUGCGGCUGCUCUCUGGGCCUACCUCUGCCGUGUUGAUCUUCCCUAGAGCCCACCCUCUUUCUCUCCCCCUUCGCUCCCCUCUUCCUUCCGUCUUCCUCCUCUUCUUUUUACUGAUUCUCCACACUCUUCUUACGUGACACCCUUCAGAGCCAUGGCUCCUGUUGCUCCUGGAAUCUCGACAUCCCCUGUGGUGACAGGGAUCCACUGCUUGACUGUUGUUUUCCUUCUGAUUGGUAAACUUCGUAUUUUAAACAUUUCUCUUUACACAUAAUACUUAACACAUCUUAGGCCAUUGGUAAAGUGUUUUGAAUUAAUAAGAGGCAUGAUUCUAAGUGCCGAGCUCUGCACAAAAGGGUGGCUGCUAGGAUUCCACACUGCCAUGCCCUCUACCUACACCAGUGUUGACAAGGCAAAUCGCACCUCAGGAGUAAAGUGUUAUGAGAGUUAGAGCCUGAGAAAACAAGAGAGCUUCCUUUUUAAAAGCUGGGAGCUUCCAUUUUGCCUUCAUGACCUUGUGAACCACGUGGGUCUCACUGCUGGUGCAGUUAGGAGGGUGCUGUAAGGUGCUUUUUACUGGGUCUACCCCACACACAAUUGGAGGAGAAUUUUCCAUCCCCCACACAACUGGAGGAUAAGUUGUAUGCCAUGACCGUUACAAUACUUUUUACUCUAGUGUAUUACAAAACAAUGAUCACAUUUUUGUAUGUUAAAGCCUGCUAAGUAAAUUCUGUUUCAUUUAGAAUGAAGUCACUUCAAGAUACCAAAUAUUCCACAUUAGGAAGGUACUGUAAUUCACUUAUCAACACUUUUAUGUGCCUUCUACAUGCCGGGUUUUGUCCUGACACCGAGGAGAUAGAGCUUCGUAAAACACCCUCUUUCCAAGUUUGUAUUCCUGUGAAGGAAGCUGACACAUUUUAAGAAAUAAAUGGGUAGCAUGUUAAGUGAUGAGUGCUGUGCAGAGGAGAAAGCAGGGUCAGGGGCUAGUGUGACUGGAGAGGAGUGCUAUUUGUAGGGUGGGUGGGAAGGCACCGCCAAGCACCUAUUUACUUUAACAUUUGUGUCUUCAAUUUCCACCCCUUUGGUUAAAUGCCUUGAACAUUCAGUCCAUUUAUAAAGCUCUUCUUUCUGAUGGAAGUUCUGAUACUGCAAUGAGAAGGGAGUCACUGCAUGUGACCAUGUCAUUUUAUUACAUCUAUAGGCUGCUCUCCAGUGUGGGCUUGACCGAUGGGUGAGCGAUGACCUGAAGGCCUGGUGCAUUUUUUUACACUUGGGUUUCUCCUUUGGGUUCUCUGAUGUUUACUAGAUCUUAAACUCUGUUAAUGGAUUUUUCAUAAUCUUUAUAUUUGUGUAGUUCUUUCCCUAUAUGAAUUUUCAGAUGUCAACUAGGCUUUGAGAUUUAAAAGCCUGUCCACCUGGCUGCAUUGUAGGGUUUCUGGCUACUGUGGAUUGUAUCAUGCUGAUUAAGGUGCAAAUCAUGACUAAAGACUUUCCCUUAUUCCUUUGCAUACCAUAGAGUGAGGUGGAGUCAUGGCUAAAACCCGACAAUAUAAUUACAUUCCUUCCUUUACCAUCCACUGUGAAUCCUGUGGUGUUCAUUAAAGUGGGAGAUGUGUCUGAAGCAUGCUCAGAUUAAUUUUAGUGGCAUUUUAAAAACCCACAGCUGGUUGACAUGUGAGUUUUAGUUUGCUUAUCACUUCUCUCUCUACCUUUCAGGGUUCCUUUUUCUGGCUCACAUAAGGAUACCCCAUCUGCCAUAGAAUCCAGGAUUCUGUAGUUCUCUAUUAUCACUUGUACUAUUAUUUUUUGAAGAUCUAAUUGACUUUAUUAACAGAAUCAUGAACUGGGGACUAUUCCAUCUAGGAACUAGAAGGUGCUCCCUUUUUUUGGUAUUAUAUUUUAGCACAAUAUGAGAUAUAUUAUGAAAGUAUUACAUUAGAAUAAUUUUAAUGUAUCCACAAUUAAAGUAUGUGUUGUAUAUUCAUGCUGGUGUUCUCUGUUGUUAUUGUUUGUUUUCCUACUUGUAGUGGAAACUUCCAAGUAAAAUGUUUUAGAGCAUAUGAAUUUUUAAGAAAAAAAUUAAACCAUGUUCCCACA